GCGCAGGGACAGGAGCCCGGGCGACGCAGGCACCCCGGCGGCGGGUUCUGCGGAGCGGGGGGCCUGGGCGGCCUUGGCUCGGGUGCGCCAGCCCGGCAGCCGGGUGGGCCGGCCGCGAUCCGGACCCCGCUGGGCUCCCCGACAGAGGAGAAAACAGACCCUGAGAAGCAACAUGGAUCUUGGAGACUCGCCCAACUAGGCUUCGUGCUGCUUGGCUUCUAAGGAAAAUGGCAGAAACAUCAUCAGAGCCUUCUGGGCAGCUUGUCGUACACUCAGACACUCACAGUGACACUGUUCUGGCCAGUUUCGAGGAUCAGCGGAAGAAAGGCUUUCUCUGUGACAUCACUUUGAUCGUGGAGAAUGUGCAUUUCCGGGCUCACAAAGCCUUACUUGCUGCCAGUAGUGAAUACUUCUCAAUGAUGUUUGCUGAAGAGGGCGAGAUUGGUCAGUCCAUUUAUAUGCUGGAAGGCAUGGUUGCCGACACGUUUGGUAUGCUCCUGGAAUUUAUCUACACGGGGUGUCUCCAGGCCAGUGAGAAAAGUACAGAACAGGUCCUGGCUACCGCUCAGUUCUUAAAAGUCUAUGACCUGGUAAAGGCUUACACAGAUUUCCAGAAUAAUCAUAGCUCCCCAAAGCCAACGACUUUGAGCACUGCUGGUACCCCUGUGGUUGUUAUUUCUAAUAAGAAAAACGAUCCUCCAAAGCGGAAACGGGGAAGGCCAAGAAAAGUCAACAGUUUGCAGGAGGGGAAAUCACAACUGGCUCCAGAGGAAGAAAUACAGCUGAGAGUAAACAAUUCAGUUCAAAAUAGACAUAACUUUGUGGUGAAAGAGGGGGACAGCGGUGUACACAAUGAUCAGAGUCCAGCAAAAGACACAGACGAUUGUGAGCCAGGUAGAGGGGAGGAAGUGCCCGCUGAAAAAGAUGAGAAUUGUGAUCCCAAGACCCAGGACGGGCAGGACAGCCAGAGUCGAUACAGCAAGCGGAGGAUUCGGAGGUCUGUCAAAUUGAAAGAUUACAAACUUGUUGGGGACGAAGAUGACCAGAGUUCAGCCAGAAGGGUCUGUGGAAGGAGAAAGCGCCCCGGCGGCCCCGAGGCCUGUUGUAAGGACUGUGGCAAAGUGUUUAAGUACAAUCACUUUUUGGCAAUCCACCAGAGGAGCCACACGGGGGAGCGGCCUUUCAAGUGUAAUGAGUGUGGAAAAGGCUUUGCCCAGAAGCACUCCCUGCAGGUCCACACCCGGAUGCACACCGGUGAGCGGCCCUACACCUGCACUGUGUGCAGCAAGGCUCUCACCACCAAGCACUCGCUGCUGGAGCACAUGAGCCUGCAUUCAGGACAGAAGUCUUUUACCUGUGAUCAGUGUGGAAAGUAUUUUAGCCAGAAAAGACAACUAAAGAGCCAUUAUCGAGUUCAUACAGGCCACUCAUUACCGGAAUGCAGCCAUUGCCAUCGCAAAUUCAUGGAUGUGUCUCAGCUAAAGAAACAUCUACGAACACACACAGGUGAGAAGCCAUUUACUUGUGAAAUCUGUGGCAAAUCUUUCACAGCAAAGAGUUCUCUUCAGACCCACAUCAGAAUCCACAGAGGAGAAAAGCCAUACUCCUGUGGCAUAUGUGGCAAAUCCUUCUCUGACUCCAGUGCCAAGAGGAGACACUGCAUUCUGCACACGGGCAAAAAGCCUUUCUCCUGCCCUGAGUGCAACUUACAGUUCGCUCGCUUAGACAACUUGAAGGCUCACUUGAAAAUCCACAGCAAAGAGAAACCUGCGUCAGAUGGCAGCGGCGUGGCUGGCAGUAACAACACUGAAGAGGUCAGGAAUAUCCUUCAGCUGCAGCCCUAUCAGCUCUCUGCAUCAGGAGAGCAGGAAAUCCAGCUUCUUGUGACCAAUUCUGUACAUAACAUCAACUUCAUGCCUGGGCCUAGCCAAGGAAUCAGCAUUGUCACCGCAGAGAGUUCUCAGAAUAUGACCGCAGACCAGGCUGCUAAUCUCACACUGCUCACACAGCAGCCAGAACAACUACAGAAUUUAAUUCUUUCAGCCCAACAGGAGCAAACGGAACACAUUCAGGGCCUCAAUAUGAUUGAGAGCCAGAUGGAGCCUUCACAGGCUGAGCCGGUGCACGUAAUCACACUCUCCAAGGAAACCCUGGAACAUCUCCACGCCCAUCAAGAGCAAACAGGGGAGCUCCACUUAGCAAGUGCUUCAGAUCCGGCUCAACACCUGCAGCUGACGGAGCCUGCUCCCCCGCCACCCACUCACCAUGUGCCCCCGCCCCCACCACUCAGCCAGGAGCAGAGCUGACCUGUGAACAUGUGUGACUUGUCGGUCUCUUCCCAGUAAGCCAGAUCCUUCCAGAGAUAUGAUGGCCAGCUGCUAGUUCUAAUGCUUUCCAUCCAGGCAACAAGACAUGUGUGUUUCAUACCUUGUGUGUAGUCCAGUUUGGAGUUAGCAUUCGUCAUUGAGGAAUGGUUUUCGUCUUUAUCUACAUCUCUUACGGUCUUGGAUGAUUUUUAUUUGGGGGCAUUGAUUUAGACCUCUCUAAGUCAUGAAUGUUCAUGUCCACAGCUUAGGGCCUUGCUGACCUUCCCAGUUAGAUUUUUUAGAAAAAAGGAGGUCAUAUGUUGGCUGAGUUGGGUAGAGUGGUUUCUUUAUUUCUCUUAGGUAAUACCAUCGCUUGUAUAAGACAAGUCAGGGCUGAAUGUGACAGAUAACAACUUUGGAGAAUCUGCCCUUUUAAUACCUUCUAAUCCCAUAAAACAGAGUAACUCAGCAUUUCAUCUCUGUGUGGUACAGUGGGCUCUUUAUGAUUCAGAGACAUGUAAACUAAGAGUCUAUUUUAACUCAAAAUGAAUAUAACAAGAAAGCCAAAAAGUACAGGAUUAUUUUAAAAAUUCUGAACUCAAUUUUUCUGAGAAACAUGGAUUUACAUAUUUUUGGGGGGGUUACAUAUUUUUUUAAAAGCAGGCUAUUGAAAAUUUAAUUUAAAAGUCUAAUUAAAGAGUGGAACUGGGAUCAAGACAGUCAGCCCAUAAAUUCCAGAUUUUUGUCAGCAGUGAUAAUUGUUCUUUCUGAUGAAGUUAAAGCUUUCUCAGUUAUCCUGGAAUAUAGAAUUUUAUUCAGUGUAUUUUAAAUGUCAAAUAUACUCUCCUGAAUUCUAA